AAAGCCAACUCAGCUAAAACCAAAAUCACUUUCAUACACAAAAAAUAACCAGCAGCAGAGGAGUUCCAAUCUAUUUUCAAUACAAAAGUGCGCCCCACACACAAUGCAAAAUGCGGCUGACAAACGAGAACUUGAAACUCCACCCAAUGCUGAGGAAUUUGGCCAUUUUCCUCAGCCUAACAAUCUUCAUUUGUCUUCCAACGACGUGGGCCGCAGAGACGGCGACUCUCUCGGACAAAAGACUGUGCGCUGACCCAAAAUGUGAACAAAUCAUCUCCUUGGGCACCACCAAGAUACUGUACAACUCUGGCGGCAAGGGACUGAUCUCCUUCAAAAUCAACACCCCAGUGCGCAUCUUGUCCAAAAGUGCUGGCACGAAUAAGCAGCUCUGGGGCGUGGAUAUCGGCGGACGUCGUGGCUAUGCCAACAAGGAUUUCAUAUUGGAGAACAGGAUCAUGAUAACCGAGAAGGAUUUAAAGUAUGAAGUGCCAGUGGUUGGACCUGGUAGUCCACCACCCGCCGUGGCACCUGCUGCCACACCACCAGAAGCUCCGCUGAAGGCGACAGAGGUAGAGCCGGCUGUACUUAAUGCCUCUGAGUCAGCCGAUGAGUUGGCAACGACUACAACCAGCCCGCUUGAUGUAAAAGAGGAUUCCAUUGUCACGAAAAAGGUUGCGGUGGAUGACCAACAGGUAUCCGAUGUUCCAACCGCGUCAUCUCAAGUCCUGCAGAUGGUAGACGGCACUCAGCUGCCAAUGGAGGCAAUUCCAGCUGUCACAGAGAGGACUCACGAUCAACAGGUCGUCCCACCCACACAGAAAUCUCAAACAGCCUCAGCAGCGGUUGACACGAAAGUGCCACAACCGGUGGCCCCAACGAUUCAAUCGAAUCAGUCACAGGAGCAGCAGCAGCAACUAGAGAAAGCAGUCACUGACCAAAAUGAGCCGACGCCAGCAGUGACGGAACCUCAAAAGCUACAACAGGUGGAAAUUGAACACAAAGACCCACAGGAGGCGGCAGCAACUGAAGCAGCGUCUGCUCCCAAGAAGUCGGAGCCAGAGCCAGUGACAGUGCCACCGGUGGCCAUCAACGCUGAUAUUGACGACGACUCUGAUGAUUUCGAUUACGAGGAGGACGACGACAAAGAAGUCGAUCAGUAUGAUGAACUGAAAAUAGAUAGCAAAGAUAACGAAAUAUUGAACGAAGUGGCAGACGAUAAAAAGCCAAUUAAUGAUAGUGAAACAACCGAACUUAAGCCCAAUUUGGUUGAGAAAACGAUAGAUGGACCCAGUAGUGUAGAGAAACCAAAGGAAGAAGUACCCAAAACUGAAGAGCAAAUAGUGGAGCCACAGGCGGCAGCACCCGCAGCGGAGCAGGAGAAUAAGCAGCCGAUUCCAUCUACCCAUCAAAACAUUGUGCCUGCCACGGAAGCGCCAAAGAAUGGCACAACUGAAGGUCAGCUGGAGGAGAUAGUUGCAACAAAGCAGGUGCCUGAAACAACGACUCCAUUAGUAGAGGAGGUAACCGAAAAGGUAGAAGUGCCAACGAUUGAAACGAUUGAAGAAACCUCCAAAGAAAAUGUCGAACAACCAAAAGCAGUAGAGGUCGAACCACCAAAAGCAGCAGAGAUCGGGGAUACCACAGAAUCACAGCCUCUGGUGUUACCCGAGGCCAGCGCCACGGCCAGUCCCCCCCUACAGGAGGUUUCGCAAGUCGCAACAGAGCCUUCAGUUAGCUUGCCGCCACUUUUCGAUAAGCAAAACUUUGCUAAUCCAAACGAGUAUUAUAAAAAAUUGCAAGAACAGCAGGAGGCAGUGCAUCGGCAACCGAGAGAAACAUCCAUUGAUAAUCCAAAUGAUUAUUACAAACAACAGCAAGAGCAGCAGCAGCAGCAGCAACAGCAGCAGCAGCAGCAAGAGCAGCCGCAGCAGCAGCAACAGCAGCAGCAGGAGAAAGUGGAAGAACAACAGCAACAGCAGGAGAAAGUUGAAGAGCAACUGAAACAGCAACAGGAGAAAGUGGAGGAGAAGCAGCCACAGGAACAGCCUGAGCAAACUACACCCACACCCUCCUACGAAGCACCCUAUGCAGCAGUGGAUGAUGAGCCCACGGCAGCACCAACUAGCGAGGAGAUAUCCACGGAGAACGGUGGAGUUGGUUCGGUGGAACCAUUGGCCCUGCCCUCGACAGCAAUUCCAGCGUCAGAGGCUUCCAUAAGUCCCAUAAAAGAGGAUGGCGUGGGUGGUGGUGGGGGUCUCUUUGCGACCAUUGUCGACACUGUCAACACAUUCAUCUCUAGUCAGGGAUCCAAUUCGAAGGUGAAUGUGCCAUCGGAAAAGAGCAGCGAUGAACUGCAACGAAUUCUGUAUCCGGGCAUGGGUGAAAAGCCAUCUAGAGAAGUUCCCCCUGCCGAUGUCGAUGGCCAGUGUGUCCGGUACCAGGCCAACGAUAAUGAUAAUGAACAUUGCCAUCGCACGAUUUCGCUGGACAACUUUGCAGAGGUGCUGGCGGGGAAGCUGGUGGAUCACAGCCAGCUGCUGUUGUGCGUGGUCAUUGCGGCCGCUUCUUCGCUGUUCUUCAUCUUCGGGUACUACUGCUUUUGCAACAGCAGCAAAGAGGGAGCUCUGCUCUCAAAACUGAACCACUUAGAGCGCAGCCUGCUGACAUCGCACAAGGAGAAUCUCAUCAUAAAGAACGACCUGAUGACCACACGCACCAAACUGGCCAGCAUUGAGGACAACUCCUUUGGGUCAAAUGACAUGGUGGUGGCACUCAAGAAGCAGCUGGAGAUUGAGUUGUACGAGAAGGGAAAGCUACAGGAGCAGGUUGUCUCCCUGGAAAGGGAUGUGGACAAUGCCGCGGAGGCUGGUCUAGAGCUGAACAAAAUGCUUUCAGAGGUGUUGGGCAACCAGAGUGGCGAUGAUGCCUUCAUGAGCACCGUUGAGGACUUGCAGCGACAGCUAAACGAUCAGGAAAAGAUCAUUGUUGACAUCAACUCGAGCCUCGCGGAGAAGAGCCGAGAGAAUAGUGAGCUGCAAUAUACUUACACCGAGUCCACGGCGCGUCUGACGAGCGAACUGAAGUCGCUGCAGGAGGAUAACUACGAGCUGGAUAUCGAAAAGUCCAAGCUGAAGACGCGGCUCGAGGAAAUCCAAGACGAGAACGAGCAGGAAUUGGCCAAGGCCCUGGAGGCUCGCAACUUUGAGAUGCAGCGUCUGCAGAGCCAGAUCCUCGAUCUAACCACCAAGUGGGAGAAGGAGCACAGCGAUCUGCAGACCAGUCUAGCCAAGAUCGAGGCUCUCGAGGACUGCCUGAAGUCUGUGAAGAAGGAUGGCAACCUGAAUGUCAACGAGCUAAUAAGCUCGGCCAAGACGCGCGGUGAGCUGAACGCGGCCCAGAAGAAGUUUUCCGAUCUGCAGGCGAAGCUGGAGCAGGAGCAGGUCCACAAGGGACGACUGGAGAGUCAGCUGAGGCAGUCCAAUGUCGAUGUGGAGCAGCUGAAGCAGGACUUCAAUCAGUCGGAGCGCGACAAGCUGGAGGCGCAGACGCGUCUCGAAGUGCUCUCUGGAUACUUUCGGGAAAAGGAAAACGAACUUAAAACGGAACUCAGCUUGCAGGAGACCAAGUGGAUGCAGCAUCAGGGCGAGAAUACCAGCACCGUGGAGACCCAGACGCUGAUGAAGAAUGAAAUUCAGACGCUCAAAUCUCAAAACGAUGAGCUGCGCGCGGAGAUCGAGGCACAGAUUGCCUCACACAAGGCCCAGAUGGGCACACUGGAGAAUCGGGCGCACGAGUCCUGGCUGGCGGCGCGUCAGUCGGAGCGACGCUGUGAGGAGGCGCUAGCUGAGGCCGCCGGCCUGCGACGCAAGCUAACCACCAUGGCCGUCAGUGGUGAGGCAGCGGCAGUAGACUCCGUCUCCUUCUCGAAUGGAGGAGAAUCGAAGGCAACCACAGCUCCCUCGCCGCUGCCGCUGCCUUUGCCGGGCUCGCCAUUACUAAACAUGCCAAAUCCACUGCCAUUCCUGGCGGCUCCCUUCUCACCAUUUAUGGGCCUGCCGCCGCCAUUCCUGCCGCCAGCAGCCGCUGGUGGAGCACGGCCACCGCCGCUUGGUCGCAUGCGUUCCCCGCCACCGGGUAUGUCUGCAUCGCGCGGACACCGUGAUCGGGAUCGUGAACGGUACUCGGACUACAGCGACUACGAUGACUACGACGACGAUGAGGAGGAUGAUCGCCGCCGCCGGCAUAGUGGCAGCUGGGGUCGGGGACGACGCGACUCCUACACGAACUCGCCUCGCACAUAUCGCUCGCUCUCCCCCUCGGACAGUCGUUACAAUUACCGGCACGACACAGAGACGGACUACAGUCCGCCGCCCAGUCCGCGUCCGAUGGCGGCGGGACACCGCAACGGUCCGGGACCGGGAGCGGGGGCUGGAUCGCGGACCUACAGCGAAGUAUGAGAGAUGCGGUUUUUUGUACUUCACGGCGGGGUGUUCCGACCAAAUCCUACCAUCCUACCAAGUAUAUUAUGUACGAGUAGUUGCUUAAACUCAAAACUAGUUCAAAUAUAUUUAUUAAUCAACGACUAUCGAAAAGUGGGGGCUGCGCUACUGGCUCUGGCUCCCGCAGCGAACCCCAAAGCGAACCCGAAUCCACAAAACGAUCUUGAGGAGAAACAACAACAGCAACUUCCUGCCUCAAUGGUGAAUGAUAUCCGAAGAAAAUUCAAGCAAAUUAAACAGAAUGACAAAAACCA